AUUACUGCCUGGCAGUGCUGCUGAGAGGGGAGGGAGCAGAGCGGAGCAGGUUUCGGCUUACAGCGCAUACCACACUAACUACAGCAAAAUACACUAAAAUACAGGCUGGAACUACACGGGACUACACCUUCAACUACAGCCAACUUCGGAUUGAGACUGAGGACACUGCUGCCCGCAGACUGUGGAUUGUAACAAGGAGUUUUUUAGCCCUGAAAUGUGGGAAUGCUUUCUCCUCUUUUCCGUGGUAUGUGGAUCUGGGAGCGACCAUGUUAUUAGGCAGGUGAUAAAAGGAGAAGCCGGCUGUUCUAUCCCAGCUUAAAGAAGACACAGGAUAGAAACUGAGGGAGAUACCAAGAGUCGGAGGGGGAUUCACCACUACCAGGGGAAAAAUCAGGAUGAAAGUGCCUCUGUACCACUGACGAGCAGAACUGGAAUGAUAUCUUGACCUUUUUUCCUGGAAGUGACCAAGUUAGCGAUGAGUGGGGGGAUAUAAUGGCCAAGAACAAGGAUGCGCGCCCCCCGACAUUCGCCGUCAGUGUGGUUGGCCUCUCGGGGACAGAGAAAGAGAAGGGAAAUUGUGGCGUUGGCAAGUCCUGUUUAUGCAACCGUUAUGUGCGUCCCGAUGCGGAUGGCUACUACUCGGAGCACACCUCAGUGUUGAGCACAAUAGACUUUGGGGGACGUGUGGUUAACAAUGACCACUUCCUGUACUGGGGGGAUGUUUGCCAUCGAGGGGACGAUGGGUUGGACUGUAAAAUCCAAAUCAUCGAACAAACAGAGUUCAUUGAUGACCAGACGUUUCUUCCGCAUCGGAGUACGAACCUGCAGCCAUACACUAAACGGGCGGCGUCAACCAAGCUCCAGUCGGCGGAGAAGCUUAUGUACAUCUGCACGGAUCAGCUGGGCUUGGAGCAGGACUUUGACCAGAAACAGAUGCCUGAUGGGAAGCUGAACAUCGAUGGCUUUUUGCUCUGCAUUGAUGUUAGCAAGGGGUGCAAUAGGAAGUUUGACGACCAAAUGAAGUUUGUCAACAGCCUCUACUCCCAAAUUGUCAAGUCAAAGAAGCCGAUCGUCGUUGCUGCCACAAAAUGUGAUGAGUGUGUGGACCAGCACCUGAGGGACCUGCAGGCCUUUGUUGCCAGCAAGAAGAACCUGCUGCUAAUCGAGACAUCAGCACGCGCCAAUGUCAACGUGGAGCUCUCCUUCAAUGCCCUCAUCCAGCAGCUGGAUAAAACGAGGGGGAAGCCAAAAACUGUGCCAUACCUGGAGGCCUAUAAGAUCCAACGGCAGCUUGUUGCCUCUGUAACGGAUCGAUUUGAGAAAUUGAUGGUACAUUCGCUGAGAGAUUACCACACCACGUGGAAAACAGUGGUCAAUAAUCUGAAGGGCCAACCAGACUAUGAUGACUUCAUCACCUUGGAGGGCUCCAGGAAAGCACGCAACAUGUUCACAAAGCACAUUGCACAACUGAAGCAGGAGCACAUUAGGAGGAGGAGGGAGGAGUACCUGACAACACUACCGAAAACCCUUAACAACCUACUCAAUAACCUUGAGGAGGUAGAACAGCUCUCGUGGCCCGAGGCGCAGAGUGUAAUACGGAACCGCCCUGAUUUCCAGUACUGGUUUGUAGUUCUGGAACAUACACCAUGGGAUGAGUCGGACCACAUCGACAACAGUGACCGCAGGAUACCCUUUGACCUCCUGGAAACACUCGAUGGUGAGAGGAUUUACCACAACCAUGUCCAGCACCUGCUUUCUGAGAAGAGAAGGGUGGAGAUGAAAGACAGAUUCAAGAAGACGCUGGACAGGGUUCAUUUUAUCAGUCCAGGGCAACCUUGGGAGGAAGUCAUGUGCUUUGUCAUGGAGGACGAGGCCUACAAGUACAUUACAGAAUCAGAUAGAAGGGAUGUUUACUGUAGACACCAGCAGGAAAUAGUUGAAAGGGCCAAAGAGGAUUUUCAGGAAAUGCUUUUUGAGCAUGCUGAGUUAUUCUAUGACUUGGAUCUGAAUGCAACCCCCAGCUGCGAUAAGAUGAGCGAAAUUCACAGUGUGCUGAAUGAGGAACCCAGAUACAGAGCGCUGCAGAAACUUGCCCCAGAUAGAGAGUCGCUCCUCCUCAAACACAUUGGGUUUGUUUACCAUCCCACUAAGGAGACAUGCCUGAGCGGGCAGAACUGUGUGGAUCUGAAAGUGGAGCAGGUUUUAGCAAACAGGCUGGUACAGCUCGACCAUGGACGCUCUAAUCUCUACUAUAGCAGUGCCAACAUCGAUAAGAUCAACCUCUGCCUCCUGGGAAGGGAGGGUCUCUCACAGGAAUUAGCCAAUGAGAUCAGAGCUCAGUCCACAGAUGACGAGUACACCCUGGAUGGUAAAAUCUAUGAACUGGAGCUUCUUCCCGUGGAUGUCAACUCCACCCUGCUCUUCAGCCAUGCAUGGGUCAACACUUUCAAGCCACAUGGCUGCUUUUGUGUGUUCAACUCCAUAGAAUCUCUCAACUGUAUUGGAGAUUGCAUAGGCAGGAUCAGAGCAGAAAUAGCACAGAGCAGGAGAGAUAGGUUUGCUCAGCCACUACCGUUCAUUCUCAUCCUGGCAAACCAGAGAGACAGUGUUUGCAAAAACAUACCUAUCCUGAGGCACCAGGGCCAACAGCUGGCUAACAAGCUGCAGUGCACCUUUGUCGACAUCCCCUCUGGGGCCUUUCCACGUAAAUUUACAGAGUUUCAAAUUAAGCAGGGUCUGCGAGCAGUGUUGGAAGGGCUGAAGCAUAACUUUGAUGUCUUGGCCCCGCUGCCCUGUAUCAAAGACAUGUCAGAGACGGACCUUAGGAUAGUCAUGUGUGCUAUGUGCUGGGAUCCUUUCAGCGUUGACCUCAUCCUCUCGCCUUUCUUAGACUCGCAUUGCUGUAGCGCAGGGCAGCCGGGUCAGCCCAACACGCUGAUACUGGACAAGAUCAUCAGGGACAGCAGGAGGAGGAUCCAAGUCACUGUCCUUUCCUACCACUCUGCUAUCGGGGUCCGCAAAGAUGAACUCGUGCACGGUUACAUCUUGGUCUACUCUGCCAAACGCAAAGCCUCUAUGGCCACCCUUCGGGCGUUUUUGGCUGAAGUCCAGGACGUGAUCCCCGUCCAGAUGGUGGCGAUCACAGACAGUCAGGCUGACUUCUUUGAGAAUGAUGCCAUCAAGGAGUUGAUGACGGAGGGAGAGCACAUUGCCACAGAGAUUGCUGCCAAGUUUACAGCGCUGUACUCACUGUCACAGUAUCAUCGUCAGACAGAGGUUUUUACACCCUUCUUCAAUGAAGUGCUGGAGAAAAAGCCAAAUAUUGAGAGCUCCUUCCUGUUUGACACCUCGUCCCGGGAGUGCACCACUGGAGCCAGUGAGGACGUCUUCCCCACCUCGCCACAUAGCCACUCCCCAGCCUACAACACCUAUUACCCAGAGUCUGAUGAUGAUAACGAGGCCCCGCCACCUUACAGUCCAAUAGGCGACGACGUCCAGCUUCUCCCCACACCCAGCGAGCGAGCCAAGUACCGAAUCGACCUCGAAGGCAAUGAGUACCCAGUUCAUAGCACGCCUGUUGGAGACCAUGAGCGCAACCACAAAGUGCCUCCACCUGUCCGGCCCAAACCAGUGCUCCCCAAACCUAAUGUCAAAAAGCUGGACCCCAACCUGCUCAAAACCAUUGAGGCCGGCAUGCGAAGCAACCGUAGGAUGCCACGUGGCCCAAUGACACACUCUGAGGACGUGGAGGCGUCAGACAACUAUGCAGACCCCGUGGACACCUUGCUAAGGUCCAGGGGUUUCCACAACGAUGACAUAUAUGCUGUGCCUGAAGACGCACACAGCCGUCUGGUCAAAAUAAGAAACUCCUUUGGUGGAUUACAUGGCCUUCAUGGAGGAGGAGAGGAAGAGAAUGGAUACGACAGGAAGUCUCAGGCUGGACGGCGGCCAUCAAAAUACAAACAUCGCUCUAAGAUCUUGUUCAGCAAGACAAAGGCCUACCAACGACGAUUCCACUCUGACAGUGACGGUGAGGAGUCUGGCCCCGCCACGCAGAAAAAGAAAAAGGGAAGAGCCCACCGGGGCAGCGAGGAGGACCCACUGCUGUCCCCUGCCGACCCCUGGAAGGGAGGGAUAGAUAACCCAGCCAUUACCUCUGACCCUGAGCAGGAGGACAAGAAGAUGAAGAAGAAGAAGACGCCCAAGACGCCAAAGGAACCGAAGAAGCCGAAAUCUUCCAAGCCCCCCAAACCUCUGUACCCGCCCACCCGAAGAACCUGGGAGAGCAACUACUUUGGCGUUCCCCUGCAGAGCCUGGUGACCGCGGAUCGACCCAUCCCUCUCUUCAUCGAGAAAUGUGUCGAAUACAUCGAGCGUACAGGUCUGACGACAGAAGGCCUUUAUCGCGUCAGCGGGAACAAGACGGACCAGGACAACAUCCAGAAACAGUUUGAUCAAGAUCACAGCAUCGACUUCGUGGCGAUGGACGUGGCGGUGAACGCUGCUGCUGGAGCGCUGAAGGCUUUCUUCGCCGAUCUGCCCGACCCGCUGAUCCCCUACAGUCUGCACCCGGAGCUGGUGGAGGCCGCCAAAAUCGUGGACUACAUCGAGCGUCUGCAGGUCUUGCGGGAGAUCGUGAAGAAGUUCCCUCCGGUCAACUACCAGGUCUUCAAAUACAUCAUCACACACCUCAACAGGGUGAGCCAGCACAGUAAGACCACGCUGAUGACGGCCGACAACCUCUCCAUCUGCUUCUGGCCGACUCUGAUGCGGCCGGACUUCGAGAACAAGGACACGCUGUCCACCACCAAGCUGAACCAGGCCGUCAUCGAGUCCUUCAUCGUGCAGAGCGACUACUUCUUCCACGGCGGCGAGGUGGCCGAGAGCUCGAGCAGCGAGGGCACGCCGCCGCCGCACUGCCACAACAUGGUGGAGGCUCUGCUGCCGCUGCAGCUGCCCCCGCCGCUGCAGCCGCAGCAGAUCCAACACACCCUGCACCCCGACCCGCUCAUCUAACGGCCGCAGGAGCAUGCUGGGAAAUGAAGUCCGGGGUUGAUUGUGUGCGCCUCCAGCUGCUUUGGGCCGACGAUCGCCUGGAGGUCGUCUUCUCUGCACGACGCUGGUCGGCUGUUCAAAUAAAACAUAAAAUAACCGAGUUGUGAGGAAUCAGCAGCUGUCUGUCAGCUUUUAGAGACACAUCGACCGUCUGCUGGAUUAAUCUGUGAGAUCGGCUCAAGAGGUGAAUCCUGGAUCAGAGAAUUACAAUCGGACGUCACCUUUUGGAACUAACUUUUGGAUCUGACUGCCCCUUUUAUGACACGAAGACUGAAACCAGUCGAUGAAUGAACUGAUUUGAUUUGGCACAUAACACUAAUCGUUCAGCAGGGUCGGACUCUGGGACAAAUAAAGAUGACACUCCUAACUUACCCUGAUGGAAUAGCACACUGGGGUCCUCAGCGAGUCUCCCUAAAUCCCGCCCACCUUUUCCCUUCUCACCACGAGACAAAAGGGAAGUUAAACUUCGAGUCCUGACGACUGCAUCACAAAUCUGACACUCCUGAUUCUCACAGAUUCGCUCGUUCGAUAUCUGACCGACUGUUUGCCGGCUGAAAGGAUUUCACGGAGUCUUCCUCCACAUUUCGGCACAGGAAAUUAUUUCUUCGUCUUACUAUUUUUUUUUUUUGUUUUUUGUUGCCCUUUGUCCCAAAAUAAAAGGAAGCGAGGGACAAACUUGACACCAGAAACUUUCCCUCCGACACCAGACGUACAAACUGUGGAGCUGUGAACUCGACGCCUCACAGAUAAAUGAGAUAUUGUGGAUUAUUUUUAGUCUUGGGAGGACGGAGGGGGGGCGUCUGUUUUAAAUACUAAAAGACUAAAACGAGAUGAACCCUCUGACCGGACAGCACAUGCACGAUUUGUGUCAAAAGUCCCACUCGCCAACUUCAUGUCUGUUUGUGUAGUUUUAUGUUUUAUCAUUUCUUUUUUUAAUAUUUUUUUGUAUCGUCUGAUUUCUACCCAGUUUGUGUGUUCGUGUGUGUGUGUGAUGAUGAUGGUGUGUGUGAUCUGUGUGAACUGACCUGGGGUCUGUAUUGCAGCCAGUUUGUACCUUCUCCGCAGAGGGAAGGGGGGAUUCAGGAGGGAAAAAACGUGGACUGACAGACUCGUUACGCUCCGUACGAGAGAUCAGACUUUUACGGACUUCACUACAAGCUUCAGUCUAACCGUCUCGUCUCGUUAGAGUCUCUAACUCUUAAUGCACCGACCGACGUCCCUCCACCUGAAGGGACGACCUCCUCCGACCCCUCCGACUCCUCCGUGACGGCACAUGAGCGAUGAAAAAAACCACUACGAUGCAUUCUGGAUCUGUUUCGCUUCGAGGAGGCGUCUUCCGUGUUUCGAUGGCGGACGAACGGACAUCCCACUCUGUCAUUUCUGUUUUUUUGUUCUGUUGGUUUGUUGGAAACUAAAAACUUUGCAUGUCUCUGUUUUUGCCACUUAGUGAGGAAAAAAAAAGAAACUUUAAAGUUUAAAAAAAUGAAAUGAAACUCUGAAAAGGAGCUGUUGUUCAGAUCUGCAUCGUUUUAUCUGAAUCUUUUCGGUUUUAAGGGGAAAACUCUUACGAGGAGUUUCGUUUUUUCUUUUCUGUCAUGCAAGAAAUCGACUCUUAAUAUCAUAUUUUUGGUUAUAUGUUGAAUAGUUUUCCCUAAAUAGAGGAAAGAAGUAUAUAUAAGUAUAUAUAUAUAUAAAUUUAUCAGCAGCAGAGGUUGCUGAUUUAGUGAAAUACCACGGGGUACUGGACUGUAUAAUCUGUCAGAAGCUAUAAUCAUAUUUCUUUGUGGUUCUGAUGGUGUAACUGAAACCAUCUUUAUUAUUUUCUGAUGGUGUGUGUGAAUGUGUGUGUGUGUGUGUGUGUGUGUGUGUGUGUGUGUGAGGGGAGAGGGUUGACGACAGACCGUUUUAAUUCCUCUUUGACUGAAAGAGAAGAUCAGACAUCCCUCAUCGCCGUGUUUCAUCCACGACACUCGGAGGCAGAACGAGAGCGGAGAGACGGAAACGAGGCUGAAUUUAGUAACGAGUUUGUUUCUGUGGACGAGCUGAGCGAGCGUCGUCCGUCUGAAAGAUUAAUCCCUGACAGUCUUUAACUGGAGCACGUUAACGUUUAUGGCCGGUUUUCCACAAUCUUGCAGCACACGCGAGUCUGUUUGGACAAAAAUACAAACCAGUUUAUAAACCAGUUUCACACAUUGGAACAGAGAAAUAUAUACGUGUAUACAAAUCUGAAUAAUUCCCAUAGUUUCCUUGACAAAAGUUUGUGAUUUGCAGUAACUCAAGUAAAAGGAAAAGUUCCUGCCAAAAUUUAAAUCCAGUCAUCAUGUCCUCGCUCGAAGGAAAGUCAGGUGAAGUUUUAGUCCACAAAACAUUCUCCCGAACAGCUGAAGUAGCUGGAGACUUGUUUUAAAACGUAAAAACAACCAACAAGUCUCAAAUUGAUCUGAGAAGAUGUUAAUUACUCAGUUUAUGAAACUGAAAUCUUCACUGUAGCUGUGGAGAUAAAAGCGUUAGUGACGCCGUCUGAAGCGUCUGCACGAGCUCGUCAAGGACAAAAAUAACGUUUUUUCAGAUCAGUUUGUUUGGUUGUUUUUGAAUUCUGCACCUCUUGUUGUACUGUGAAGCUCCAGAAAUGUUUUGUUGGCUAUGAAACAUCACCUGAGCUUCAUCGGCAUGGAGGGAGGAGAGGAGGACUCCAUGAAUCCACUUAGAAACCCUCUGAGAAGUCUCUCCUCAUGUGCAGAACUUGCCUUAGAAACAUCAUGUUUUUAAGUUUCCUUCAGUAUCACAGUAACACUGUGAUAGUUGUCAACACAUCCACAGGUUCACUGCAAACAGGAAGUGUUCUGCAAAGUUUUAAUCGAGGUUUGAAGUUUGUUUUUAUUGUUUUUUUACAUCUCCAGCUCCUUCAGUUGUUCAGGAGAAUGCUGUAACUUUUAAGUAACAUUAAUUACAUCUGAUCUAAUGUGUUGCGACACCGUCAGUGUCUAGGAGUAUUUCUUCUUAUGUUUACCUGACUGAAGGAUCAAAACACCUUCAGCUCUGGUAAUUUGUUGCUAAUUAUAGGCUGUUAAAUUAGCACCAUUUCAAUCAAUUAAUUUCAGUUAAUUGCGGCGUCACCCAGAGAGUCUUUCUAAUCAGGACACAGCAGGUCGGCUCCACGGGAACAAGAGCAAAAUCCAACUUGUGUUCAAGUUUUCACUAAUAGAUAGAAAUAAUCAAUGAAUUUCUAAAGAAGUUGAAAAAAACCUCAGAAAAACAGAAUCCUGAUCAAUUUCAACGUUUUAAUUCGAGGACUGACUGAACAAAUUCAACAUAAAUUAUGAGAUAAGAGUCUUUUAGACACGUUGAGUGUCACUGUGAUGUUUAAAUCAACAGAAUCCCAGGCGGUAAAAUCUCCUCGCCAAAUUAAAAGCCUCCUCAAAAGCUGUUUUUUAAUUAAUUGAACGCUCCUUCAUUAACUUCCCCUCUGCUCCUCUCUGCCGCCGGUUUCAUUAUGUUAUUAAACUCGCAUCUUACCCAGAAUGCACUGCACUGUAGUGGAUGUCUGGUGGAGUAAUUUCGCUCCAGUUUGAGGGUGUUUGCGUCUCGAUGGCGUCGGCGAUGAGGGAUGAAUCCAAUCAUAGAAAAAUGUCGAGUCGGGGUGCGUCCCAUUUCAGACAUGUGUCUCCUGUGUCCUCGGCGUGGUCAGCUGCUUCCUGUUUCCUGGUCGGCUCAUAUUUAUGUCCAGACGUUGAGAUUUAAUGUCAAAUUCUGCCUUUUUUGGACAGAUUUAAGUCAGAAAAUACAAUUUAUCUUCCCACCAGCACUGAAACAAAGACGUUUAUCAGCAGAUGUUGAUUUAAUUUGAUGGUUUUAAACAAGAAAUACACAAAUUUGCUCGUUCCAGCUCAUAGAAGGGAUGUUUUCUUACAUUUUGUUGUUUUAUUGAACUUUAAUUGUAAUGUUCUGGGUUUGGGAUUCCAUUCAGACAAAACAACGUGUUUGAAGACGUUAUCAGGACUCUGGAAACUUUAACUUUCCAAAUAAUGAGCAGAUAAACUGAUGGAAAAUAACUGGAACUACGAAUUCUACCUGAGAUGUUUAGGAUUUUAUGAGAAUAAGAAGAAGUAGAAAAGAAACGACCCGACGUGGAUCAUUAGUUUAGGUUUUGAUCGGAGGACGAGGUCGUCCUGAAGGAGAGCGACGGAGCCAGAAGUCUGUCGUAACGCGGCCACAAAUCUGAUUUAGCGAGCUUUAAAGGGCGCUGUGAAGGGGACAUGUGUCUGGAAUGGGACCCGCCGCAGACAAAUGAGGCAUAAUUUACCUUUGAGAUGUGAAUGAGAGGCUAAAGGGUGAGUUAAAGGGGAUAAAUAUUCAGAAUGGAACGUAGCCAGAAGCCCAUUUUAAGGUUUUAUGAUGUUGGACUGAGGAGGACGUUGAAGGGCACAUCGAAGGGAGCGAGCGGCGGCGAGGAGUGGACCGGAGCCAGGAGCUCCCUGAUCUCCAUGUUCAAGUGUUCGGGGGGCGGUGGGAGGGUGAGGAGGGUGAGGAGGGGUUCAGCAGCUGCUAGAUAAUAAAAGAUUAAGCUGUUCGUCUGUAGUUUUUUUUUCAUCAGCCAAUCAGCCGUUCUUCUUGCUUUCUAUCAUCCCGUCACAUCGGUGUACAAACCACCCGACUCUUCACAUCAUCCGCUGUGUAUUAUAGUAAAUAAAAAUGAUUUUCAGAAAUGAAAAACUCUAAAACAAAGUUUGUUUCUUUUUCUUUCUGUUUUCUCUCCAUAAUGUUUCCAAAUAAAGUUUCUUUUUUUCCAAA